UCUCUUCCAUUUCUCUUCACACUCAAAAUUUGAAUUUCAAUUCGUGUAUUCUAGAUUUUCGAAUUUUCUCGCGAAAAUGUCAGGCCGUGGAAAGGGUGGUAAGGGACUCGGAAAGGGAGGUGCAAAGAGGCACAGGAAGGUUCUCCGUGAUAACAUCCAAGGCAUCACAAAGCCAGCUAUUCGUAGAUUGGCGAGAAGAGGAGGUGUGAAGAGAAUCAGUGGUUUGAUCUAUGAGGAAACCAGAGGAGUUCUCAAGAUCUUUUUGGAAAACGUGAUCCGUGAUGCUGUUACAUACACCGAGCAUGCCAGGAGGAAGACUGUUACAGCCAUGGAUGUUGUUUAUGCUCUCAAGAGACAAGGAAGAACCCUCUACGGAUUCGGAGGUUGAAGACUCAUUCUUUGGAUGUUGUUCUGAUUUCACUGUAUAAUUGGAACAUGUGAUAGAUCUUUAUAAUGCUUAGUAGGGUUGUUUGAUAGUUCUGUUACUUUGUAAGAUUAACAAGGUUGAAAUCUAAUGAAAAUAUUUUCUGGUGAA